AUGCGAGUCGGACUCCGUUUGCACACAGGCAAUCACUGUAACCAGCUCUACACAUCCGGCCUGGGGUCCUCCUCAGCAACACCCUUCCAAGAUGGCAGCCAACAGCAGCAGCACGGGUAGCAAGUCCAGCAGCAGCGCCGGAGGAAAACAGCCCGGCCCUUCGGCCGAACAGGUGGUGGCAACAUUUCAGAGGAUGCGUCAGGAACAACGCAGUAUGGCUUCUAAAGCUGCGGAGCUGGAGAUGGAGAUCAACGAGCACAGCUUAGUAAUUGACACGCUCAAGGAAGUGGAUGCUUCGAGGAAAUGCUUUCGUCUAGUAGGAGGAGUGUUGGUGGAGAGAACAGUAAAAGAAGUUCUACCAGCCUUGGAAAACAACAAAGAACAGAUCUCCAAAAUAAUCGAGUCCAUCAACACACAGAUGCAGGCGAAAGGACGGGAACUCACAGAGUACAGGGAACGAUACAACAUCCGGUUGGUGGGAGAGGGUGAAGGAGAGGCACAGGGCCAGUCAGCAGCGUCCUCCGGGGACAGCGAAGGAGGCGGGUCCAAAAGCGGUGCUGGCGUUUUAGUGUCAUAGUUUAUGAUAAUAUAGGGCGACAGAGGGGCCUUAUGAUUUCUGCAGUACUGAAAACAUAGUUGGAGUCACAAAAUCUGGGUUCAAAAACUGAACUCUUUACACGAUAACUUUGGAUUUGGAGAUGAUUGAAAUUUCUGCUUAACAUAAUACCCUUGGUAUUGAAGUCAUUUGCAACAGGCACAGAUUCAAAGUGUACAUAGUGCUCUGCUUACGUAUGUUCAGUGUGAAUGCUAGUGUGUGUAAAAAGUCAAGUUGUUUCUCGCAUUUGCCUUUCAGUAAAGCUGAAAUAUUGUGGCUUAAAGUCAACUUUUAAUACAGCCUCCUAAUACUCUCAGUUUAAGUCUUACUCUCAUCUACACAAGUGAGUAAUUAUUAUUUUACCGUCUCAGAUUACAGAAAAUAUCAUUACCCACGUAAAAUAUAAUUGCCAGGGUGCUGGAUUGGAAGUUCAAAGUUUAAAAAAACAUAAAAAAACAAAAAAGUCAAACACCUAGUACAUACAGGACAAGCUAGAUCUCAUUGCAGUUUUAAGUAAACAAGCUUUUGCAUUUUGUAAACUUCAGAUUUUGGACUAACAACUUAAAAAAUUAGUAAAAAAAGAAAAAAAAAAAAGCUGAUUUCAUGGGGCCCUAAAGUAGGUUGAAGUCGUGCAAAAAGUCACCCUUGCCGAGGCAGAACAGGUCCUGGAAGGCAUUUUGACAACACGUGAACACGAAAAAAGAGGUUAUACUGUAAACAUGUCACUAUAGAUCAAAAUUAUUCUGCCAGCUUUUCCCACCCUCUCCCUGUGACACAUUUUAUGCACGACUCGGAAAACUGCCUUCAUAAGCCAUGCAUUGAAAGGCUGCUGGUGUGUAUUCAUUUAAUGCUGAUGUGGGGUCGCUUCAUGUUCACACUGUGACUCCAUGAAAACACGAUAUAGCUUGUUAUAUUCUUUUUGAUCUGUAGCACAUGCUUGAGCUUGGAAUGGUUAGGUUACAUUGUUAACACGGUCUAAACUGAGGAAAUGCCUCCUAGGACCUGAUGGGUCCUGUCCACACUGUUCAUGUAGUUGUAAGGACAAAAAUGUUUUUUGUUAAUGGUCAUGAAUUAAAGAAUGUCACAAUUGUG